AUGAAUUUAGCGCCGAUUUCUGCUUUGGCCUUCCCUGCCAAAGUCUUGUCUGACUAUCUGUCGCCUGUCUCACCCUUUUCCGAACCAAGGUACCUUGGGUGCACAUGCCCUACCUACUACCCCCGCCACGAUUUGGUGUCUUUGUCUACACCCAUCUCGGCUCAGUACGGAUUCAGUGGAGGUAGACUGCAGCGCAGCAUGGGCAUGAGCAUGGGCAUGGGCGGGGGCGGGCAUCGGACUGCCACUAGAAGCGGAUUCAGUGCAGACGAGAAGCACAAGCCACCUGCUAACACGAACCAGGCCGGAAGGCCUCUCUUUCUCGUACCUGACGGACACCUCGUGUUCCAUUGGCAGAUCCUGUGGAUGGUAUACUCUGUAUGCCUAGCCUCUGUUGGCCGCAUGGCAGAUAUGUAG